CGUCCCAAGGAUCCCAGAUAGCACGACCCGCGGCGCAAGUCUAUCCGGGAAAUCGCUGACCCCCAAUGUGACCCUACAGAAUUUCAAACAUGGCGGAGCCCUCCGUUGGGAGUACGAGCCCAGGAGGUUCAGCAGAGGACCAUGAGUUUGAUCCUUCAGCAGAUAUGCUCGUCCAUGACUUUGACGAUGAACGCACACUGGAAGAGGAGGAGAGGCUCGAGGGAGAGACCAACUUUAGCAAUGAGAUCGACGACCUUGCCCGGGAGGGAGAGAUGCCCAUUCAUGAGUUGUUGAGUAUGUACGGAUGUGGCGGUGGUUCACCCGCAGAUGAAGAGGAGGAGGAAGAAGACUUUGAGGAUGAAGAGGAGUUGGAGGAUGAGGAAGAGGAGGAGGAAGAGGAUCUGGACAAUGAUGAAAGCAGUAGAAGCACUGGCGAGCUGAAGAGGAAUAAGACCGAGAGGGUGAAGAUCUCGUCAGGACUGGGGAACGAGAACCAGUUGUCCAGCGAGGGUCGCACGCGCUCCGUCAAAUCCCACGGCACGGCAGAGCUGAUACGCGGAUCACAGACGCUCAAGUACUUUGAAAUUAAGGAUGCAGAGGAAGAGUCAGAAGAAGACCAGGAUUAUGUCCCUUCUGAGGAUUGGAAAAAGGAAAUCAUGGUUGGGUCCAUGUAUCAGGCUGAAACGCCCCCUGGCCUUUGUAAAUAUCAAGACUAUGAGAAAGUAUAUGAAAACGAUGACCAGCUUUUAUGGGACCCCGAGUUCCUUCCCGAGGGCAAGGUUGUGGAGUUUCUGACUGAGGCGUCAAAACGAACAGGAGAGGAGAAGGGAGUGGAUGCCAUUCCUGAGGGAUCCCAUAUCAAAGACAAUGAGCAGGCGCUUUAUGAGUUGGUCAAGUGUGAAUUUGACACAGAGGAAGCUUUAAGAAGACUGAAGUUUAAUGUGAAGGUAGCUAGAGAAGAGCUGUCUGUGUGGACAGAAGAAGAAUGUAGAUAUUUUGAGCAAGGACUAAAAGGUUAUGGGAAAGACUUUCAUUCAAUACAAGCCAACAAGGUGAGAACUAGGUCAGUAGGAGAAUGUGUGGCCUUUUAUUACAUGUGGAAGAAGUCUGAGCGUUAUGAUUUCUUUGCACAGCAAAGCAGGCUGGGGAAAAGGAAAUACAGCCUUCACCCUGGUGUCACGGACUACAUGGACCGGCUGCUGGACGAGACAGAGAGCGCCACGUCCAGCCGGGCGGCCUCGCCCCCUCCCACCACCUCCAACAGCAGCACCAGCCACUCUGAGAGGGAGGACGGCAGCAUCAACCACAACGGUUUAGUGAGUCACAGCUCGGGCUCAGGAGAAGGUUCCCAAUCAUCCACGGUGGCAAAUGAAGUCAAAGCAGAAUCCGUCCAGUUCAACGGGCCCACUGCCCUCCACCCCUCUCUGGAUGCUCUCCCUCCUCCCACCUCCUCGGACAAUAAGUCCAACGGCUGCGAUGCAGUGGCCACCGCUCCCAGCCACGACAGGAACGGCUCCCUGGAGCCCCAUUGUGGUAACGGUCACUAUGACGGUGAAGACGCGCCCCUCUAUGACAUGCCGGCCAAGAGGUGCCGGACAGAGGCAGAGUCACCGGAACAAAGCGAGCCGGAACCCUCCAGAACAGUGACGACCCUCCAGCAAGAGGACGAAUGAUAAUGAUGACCCCUUCUCAGAGAGGUCAAAGUGCACAGAACCAAACCUAAAAAAAAACAACAACAUGGUUGUAUUCAUUAGUGCACAUCGCAGCAAAAUGUUUUGCAACGGAAAACUAAAAC